CCGUUCCCCACUCUGCAUACAACAUGGAGGUCGAGGAAGCCACAGAGAUCAACCCGGCCGACUAUUUCAACCCCGAUAGGGCGGGUCCUAAUCCCGGAAUCCUCAGAAAAGCAUGGUAUCCUACACUAUUUGCCGGCGUGGGCAUUGGCAUGGCCUGUUUUGUCAAUGCCUUCAAUAGGAAGCCAAUUUUUAGUGGUGCCCAGCAACAUGCUAUUGGCACAGCUGUGGGUUUGAUCUUCGGUAUUAGUGCCGAGAAAUGGAUUCAACGAAAAGCAGCACAUAGAGAUGCUGUGCUGUACCAGUAUAUUGUGUCACACCCUGAAGAUUUCCCCCCUAUUGAACGAAAGAAAUAUGCAGAUGUCUUAGAGAAAUGGGUGCCAAUGCGGUAAUUGUCUACAUUGUUCCACAGAAUAUCUACAGACUAAUAACUUACCUCUAUUUUAUAAAUAUGUGGCAGAGAAAUACAACAUUUGUCAUUACAUAAAUUUCAUGUGAAGAAGAAUAUUUGUAACAUUUUAAUGAAAGGGGAAAGUCCACAUACUUGUAUACUAAAUUAUUAACUGUGACUCAGCUGAAGGUGCGGGAAAUAGUCUUGUGGAAUUCCAGGGCAGUGGGCAUAAAUUGACUUUAGAUUAUAAAAUAUGUAUAUAUGAAUAAAUAUUUCCAUCUU